GUUUCCAUAGCGUUAACGGACAACACUCUUUUUCGUGACCCCACCACCUGUAAUCCUCCAAACUCAAAAAACAAAACGUGUGUCUGUUUUUAUGUGAUAUGGGACAUGACAGCUCCAGUGAGACUAUAAGACAGUCAGCGAUCUGCUGCUACAGUAACACGAUCGCUGGCCUUUAUCUGACAGAUAAACCGCCGGGAGUUGUAGGAGUUUUACGUGACUGUGAGAGAUCUACUUAGUACUUUAAAGGACGCCGGGCGAAGCUGUAACAUUCAUACUCAGCCGGGAUAUAACGAAAGUUUCGUACUGAAUUCACAGGUCUUUAUGGUAUAGUUCCCUUGGAUUUCUAUGGAUCUGGGACUGUAAACCAUUUUAAAGAGAGACAAACAACAGAGGCAGAUCUUAUUUUGCUGUUGGAUUCUCGGUUAGGGAGAAGAGAAGGUGUUAGUACCUGGACUCAAGGCGGAGAUGGACGCAGGUCCUCUGGCAUCAGUGGCCGAGGGUUCUCCGGAAGGAGAGACGGUGUGUGCUGCUUUGGCCCGCUACGAAAACACAUUACGGGAUGCCGUGCGCGAGAUCCACAUGGACGUCAGCGCUUUCAAGCUGGGCAUUGAGCGGAGGUUGGAAGAGGCCAUUCAUAUGAGUGGACCUUUGGGUCGAGCCGUGGCCCAAUUGCAGCAAGAGAACCGGCAGCUCAGGGGCCAACUUGAGGCCCUCACUCGGCAGGUAGAGAUGCUGACUGGUUCGGUGUGUGAUAGAAGUCCCCUUCUUAGCGGAGAAUCACCUCCACCGCAGAUCAAUAGCAACACCGCAGGGCGCCAAUCUCCACCUUCUCUAAGCGGCACCGUGGCACCCAUUGCGACAGCCCUGACUGGCUCUGCGAGUGGAUCUGCCUCCAGCCCCAGCGCCACACGCUUCUCCAGCAGAGCCACCUUUGCAGUUACCAGCAAAACUAAUAGCAUUGAGAGGGACGAACCAAUUGACGUGGAUCCAGCACCCGCUACCCAAGGGUUGGAGAAUGGACAUUUGCCUUCAGCAGAGAACUCCACUGUGCCUUUAAGGGAAAACUCACCGGCCAAUGGUGUGUCACAAGAACACACAGCACCUGUACCUAUGGCAUUGCCACACUUGCCCAUCACAGCAACUACCAAAGUAGCUGAUUCUCCAGUUAUGAAGAGUCCAGAAUCCCCUGGUAGCCCGAUGCAAGCAAUGCCUUCGCCUAUAACAGAUUCAAUAACAAACAGUCAGCCGCUCACCAGUAAUAACCAGCCACAACCUGAAUCAACUGUUCAUGCAGUAUCAUCUAUAAAAACAUGGGCUCCAACUCCUGCUAGGACUAUGGGUUCUCCAAGGCUUACUGAGAAUCCGUCUUCUGCUCCGGCAAAGUCAGUGACUUACUCUGGGCUGUACCCACACAAUACAGAAAGGAAUGUGGAUAUGGCCGGAGAUUUAGCCUUUGGUAGAGGUAUUGAACGCAGACGGGAGCUCUUUAGGUCACAAACUCUACCUCGAAACAUUGGAGCCCAAGCACGCAGGUCCAUUUUCGAGAGGCUGGAUUCUGAGAACAACAAUCGUCCCAAGCCUGUUGAUUCCAAGCCAAAGCUUAAACGAUCUCAGAGUUUUGGAGUGUCCAGUGCCAGCAGUAUCAAGCAGAUUCUUUUGGAGUGGUGCCGGUCCAAGACCAUUGGGUACCAGAAUAUCGACAUUCAGAACUUCUCAAGCAGUUGGAGCGACGGCAUGGCAUUCUGCGCUCUGGUCCACUCAUUCUUCCCCACAGAGUUUGACUACAAUGUGCUGUCCCCCGCUGAGCGCAAACAUAACUUCGAGUUGGCAUUCAGCACUGCAGAGAAGAAAGCUGGCUGUGAUAGACUCAUUGAAGUGGAGGACAUGAUGGUGAUGGGAAGAAAGCCAGACCCCAUGUGUGUUUUUACCUACGUCCAAUCUCUAUAUAACCACUUGCGCAAAUUUGAAUGAGGUCUCAGCCGAUUCAGUCCUGGCUGACAAUGCUGCACUGCCCACUGCUGGACAAAAUUGAACUCUGAGACAAUAACCAUAGUUUGGGGUUGCAAAAUGUCCAUAGGAAUCAAUGUUGUUAGUCUAGCAUCUAUUUUUGCUUUAUUUCAUCAACUAUUUAUAGAGUUGAGUUAGACUCACAUGAGGCUGUAUCCCUGCCAUUCUUCAAUCAAUCGACACUUGGUACGCAUCAUCGAGACCUGGUCCAUGCAAUAUUUUGGAACAGCUUUACCUAUGGGUCACAAGUUUUGAAAAGUUUCAUAAUUUUUGAAAUGUUUAUCAGAAAAGCUUGAUCUCUGUGUUAACGGAUUCCUUGAGUCAUACAGAAUCUCAUGAUUAUGAUUUUACCAGGAGUAAAAAUUUUACCAUAUCGGCACAAAAUCUGUCAUACGUUUUUACAUAAACUUUUAUACAUUUUUCUGAAAUUAAUUUUCUCACAAGCUUUAUUUUCUCUGGUUUGAGCCGAUUCCAUUGAUGUCUGAUUUGUCAUUUCAGCAUUCUGUUCAUGUUAUUUUAAAACUUAUGAAAAACAGUUUUCUUGUUACACCUAUUACAAAUUUGGUCACAUUUUUCCAAACUUGGCUCAUAUUAUCUUUAGACUGAGCCACACAGAAAUUACUGAGUAUUUUUUUUAUAUUUGCUGCCAUAUUCAUGAAAUACCUCUCUAAAUUGACCGUGCUUUCACUUUCUUAUAAUAAAGUAAUCUGAUGGUAUAUAAUGUGGUGA